AUGGCGCCAAAAAGAAACCACUCCUCAAUCUUCAUCGGUAACUGCGAGGUUACGGUCGAAGCCAGCACUUUCACAUGCAAUUCAACUUCCAACGACCUCUUAAUCUCUCUUCCUCAAAGCGGAAAUAUAAAAGUUUCUGUAGCGGGACAAGAUGUUUCUGCGAACCAUAAAAACACUUCCGAGUCCGAAAAAACAGAACACGAGUUUGUGCUGCUUAAUCCGAAAGAUGUUGAUGAUAUUAGCAAGUCCUACCUCCAGGAAGUGUUACAGAUGUUUAUGACAGAGCUACCUGGAAUGAAUUAUGCUGCAAAUACCGGGAAACAAUCAAAGUUUCUUGAGAGAUGUGUGACUAAUGGGAAAUAUCGAACACUAGUUCUAAAAUCCAGUUUGGCUAGAGAUUCAGGAAAGGUUAUAGCUGCGAUUAGUUAUCAAAUCAUCCCUGCAGAUACAGAAUAUGCAGAGAUCCCACUUGCAGCUGUCAAUGCAAUCUAUCAACGGAAGGGUUUUGGUCAUCUAUUGUUUCUAGAGCUGAAGAAGAGACUUCAAAAUGUUGGCAUUCACUCUAUUUUCUGUUGGGGAGACAAAGAAUCUGAAGGAUUUUGGCUUAAGCAGGGUUUUUCAUCAAUAGCAGAGGUGGAUACCAGAGGUAGAGCCCGCAGGUUACCUAUAAAAGCUGAUAUUCGCAGAACAUUAUGCUUACCCGGUGGUUCAACACUGAUGGUUUGCCACUUAAAGAAGGAAUUGCUAGGUGACGAAGCUAACUCUGGGAAGCGUCUCCUCUCACAGCCUCAUCAGAACUCAUCUCCACCUGCAAUUAUUGAAAAUGAGCAGUGUGAAGUUUCAGAUGAGCUACUCAUUGAUUUUAUAUCUUCCCUUAGAAGAGACACCGCUCAAAGUAAACCUAAGGCUUUGGCAAAAGACAGAUCUUCACGGGGACAUGGAAAACUCAGUGGCCACAAUUCUAAGAGCUGCUGCAAUGACACUGUUCCUUCUAACACAACAAAUUGUUCUCAAUCUACAAAAGUUAAGAAGAGGGCAUGGGAAGCCUCUUUAUCCUCUUUGAAGUCAAAGAAAGUGAAGGGAAGCCAGUUAGUUGACUGUCAAUCAGAUUCUAGCUGGGGUUUUGUCUCUGAGGCUGACAGGGCAAAUCCUUGUUAUGUGGAAGUUUCUCAUGGUGAUACUUUAAUUACAAAGAAGUCUGAAAAAUGUAUUGGAGACCAUAUACAUUUCAAAGCUCCAAUCAACCUAAAGCCGCCAUCAACUAAACAAUGCUUUAGAAUCAUGUUGAUGAAUAUCAAUGAUGAAGCUAAGAAAACACAGCUUGCAAAGGUGAUUGAAGACCUUGGUGGAACUGUUGCCGCUGAUGGAAGCUCAACCACACAUGUUGUCACAGGAAAAGUGAGAAAAACUCUGAAUUUCUGUACCGCUCUAUGUUCAGGUGCUUGGGUGGUCUCAUCAAGUUGGUUAAAAGAAAGUUUUCGUGCAGGCAGAUUUGUUGAUGAAUCUCCUCACAUACUGAAUGAUGAGGAUUAUUUGUUGAAGUACAGAUUGGAUUUAAGAAGUGCAGUAUUCCGAGCAAAAGCUCGUCCCCAUGCUUUAUUUAAGGGGUACAAUAUUUGUAUUGCAGCUAAUGUUCAAACUCCUGCAGAAACUCUGUCUGCUAUUGUUAGCUCUGCUGGUGGUAAUGUUAUUAGUGGACUUGAAAAAGUAAAUGAAGUAUCAACAACGAUCUUUGUGACAUGUGAAGAAGAUAUAAAAGAAGCAAUGCUGGCUUCAAAGAAAGGUAUAAGAACCUUCAAUAGUGAGUGGUUUAUGAACUGUGUCAUGAGACAAGAGCUUGACUUGGAAGCCCCUCAAUUUGUAGAGUCCUUAUAA